AACCAGCCCCGGGACUUGGUGGGAUGAGCCAAAGGCAGCAGCAGCAGCCUCUCCCUGCAGGAAUGGUGAGGACAGGCAGGCCCUGAAUGGGAAAUUCUCCAUGGAAACAGUGUCCCAGCAUGGGGACAGUGCCAAAGCUCUGAAGGAAAAGCCUGAGCUGCUCUCAUGGGAUGAACAGGGAUCCAGAGCCAGCAGGGCUUCCACAAAUGGAAGGUUUCCUGAGCACACAGAAGCCAACAAUGGGUUUUACCCAUCAGAGUCCAGCUCUGACUCCCAGGACAGACCCGUGGAUGCUCCCGAAAAGCUGCCCCGCCAGCCYGAGCCCUCCUGGGGUGACACCAGGUCUCAUUCACAGCCUGAUGUCCCCUUUCCUCCCACUGAGGGAGCCCCUGUGCACAUCGAGGACAGAGAMUACUCCUUCAAAAGGUCUGUCCUGGGCUAUGAGGACAGGAGCAGCUCCACGAACCCCAAGGGCCCAGCCCACCGCCAGCCCUACUGGGAUGACAGCAGGUUUUUGGACUCAAGCAGCCUCAGUGAGAGGGGCCAAGGAGCUCCUGGCCAUGACACCCACCCCGAGCCCCCCAGGCUGAAGGAUCCCACUGAACCCAGCAGGGCCGGGUCCAGCUCUGUUUCUGGAGGCAGCAGUGUCCCUGCCCCAGAGAUUCCAGGUGCCAACGAGUCUGACCAACGCCAGGACAGCUCCCAGGAGAGUGUUCCCAGUGCCCAUGAGUCCCAGCACCACACGUCCCUGUUCCAGGACCGCCAAUCCUUUGGAGGGUCUGUGCCCAGCCACAGGAUUCCAGCCUACGUGGACAGCCAGGUGUUCAGCACCAGGAGAUCCAGCCCAGAUCCCAAAGGGAGUGUCUAUUCCGGGAACAGCAGCCCCAGGAGCAGCUGGUACGACAGUGCCCAGGGUCACGGGGAGUUCAGCCCCUCCUCAGCAGGACGCCACGACUCCUUUCCCAGAGAUCCCAUCAUGUCCAUGUCCCAGAGAAGCCACAGGGUGCCGUUCUACAUGGACAGCUUAAACUAUAACAGCACCAGGCUCCUCUCCAGCUCCACUGAGAGGCUCUACAGCUCCCACCACAGCUCUGGGUACCAGCCUGACUCCAGCACUGCCGGGAAAGGGAUCCUCUUUGUGAAGCAGUACGUGAACACCGGCGGCCUUGCAGCCUCCCCACGCUACGGCAGCCUUGCAGAUUUGAGUGACCUGGAGAGAAGCAGCUACAGCCACCACGGUUACCUGUCCAGUGCUCCCCUGCACAGGUCCAGUGAGCCCCUGUGCAGUUACUGCAGCCGGGAGAUCCGAGACUGCCCCAAGAUCAUCAUAGAGCACCUGAACAUCCGCUGCCACGAGUACUGUUUCAGGUGUGGAAUUUGCCACAAAGCAAUGGGAGAUCUCCUGGAUAAAAUAUUCAUCCACCGGGACAUUGUCCAUUGUGACAAGUGCUAUGAGAAGCUCUUCUAGGGCUCUGCAGAGCUGGGAGGGCAGCCCGUGCUGGGCAGCAGCACGCCCGAGAAUACAGCAGCUCCUGACUGGCUAAAAUCGCCGAAUCCCUGCUCCCACUUUCUUCAAGUUCCUUUGCCUCUCGCUGCCCCGUGGCCAUGAACGAGUUCAGCAUCUGCUGGUUGAUGCUGUCACCUGCAUGAGAUGAGUGUGAUGGAAACGAGAUAAGGCAGCCUCAUCCUCAAAAAUAACAUUUUCUAGAGGUGCUGAGCCCCUCAUGGCUUUAGCUGCAUGAAGAUUCCAAGUGCUCCUGGAACUGGGAGUCAGGCACAGCUUCUCAGGUUUAKCAGAGCUAAUUGCCACAAGUCUCUCCUGAUUAUAUUUGUAUUUCUUUCCCAUGUGCAGCCAGGCUGUGUGAGCUGGCACACAGGCACUGGAAGCCUUAAACACUAAAUUUGGAUUCUUGGGAGGGUUUGAAUUUAGUCCUUAGUGAAAGCCUAUUUCUGCUUCUUUCACCCCCAAAUUCAGCCUAGAAAUAGCUUCUGCCUGAUUUCCAUUUGCUUUCCCCAGGAUUCCAGGAGCACUUGCAAACUCUAUUCUAAUUUGUGUCAGCUUUAAUUUCUCUUCCUGUCUCUUCCCAGAGGAUGUUGCAGCAGCUGAUGUUGUGGCUGCUGCCCGUUUGGGGAGAUAACAGUGGCCUUCACUGRUGUUUACCUUGGGCUCUGAGGGCAGGUGUCUCAUGUGCCAGAGCAUGGCCAUCUCAAUUCCCCCUCCUGACAAAGAGCACUGCUCAGCUGAAAUCCCAAUUUUCCCCCCUCAUGAGCRCUUUUGAGACUCAUUGCUGUGAAUUAUUUACAGCCCAAAUGCUCGCUUACAACAUGGAAAACUUCCAGUGGAUGCUGCACUCAGUAAAAUCACAAUUGUAUUGUUUUAGCCCUUAACUCAGAGGUGAGAGGUUGGGAAUGCUGAAUACAGAAGCCUGAAAGGUGCCUUAGAAGUGUCUAGACUYACUGUUUUCUCAUGUGAAGCAUUAGCAAUCAUAGAACUGCAGAAUCCUAGAAAUGGUUUGGGUUGGAAGGACCUUAAAGUUCAUCUGUUCUAAAGUUCAUGGGCAGGGACACCUCCCACUGUUCCAGGGUGCUCCAAGCUCUGUCCAAUCUGGCCUUGGACAUUUCCAGGGAUCCAGGGGCAGCCACAACUUCUCUGGGCAACCAGGGCCUCACCACCCUGACAGCCAAGAACUGAUGAAAACCAUGUGCAGAAGUUCCUUACUGGGACCAGUUCCAGCUGUGAAGAAKGACUGGUACAGCCACUGCUUGUUCCACCAAGGUUCAAGAGAAAUGRUUUCAAGUACCAAAGCAGAAGGGCCUGUGCCACAGUGCACUUUGAGAAGAUCUGCAGAAAUAACAUAUUCCCUGAUUCCMGAGCCCCCGAUGUGUCCAUGGCCAUGGGGAGCUGGAUUUGUAUGGGUUCUGCACAGCCUCCCCUCAGCUCUGUGUCUCCUGUAGGAAGUGUCUCACCUCUGUACACAGCUCUAAUAAACAGCUUCAGCUCACGUGCCGCUGCCCCACCUGUGUCACACCCUCCUGUUUGUGCCCUCUGAGCUCAGGUGCUGUGUUACUCAUGCUCCUCAGUGGCCCAUCCAUGAAGUAACCAAAGGCUUUGUUGCAGGCUGAGGCAAUGAGGGAGAAGAGCAGCAGGACCAUGAAAACAGGGUGUGCUCAAAGUGGGGGUGGGCUCAGCAAACUGGCUUGGCAAAUCCAGUCUGAUGUUCUGCAGAAAUUCCUAAAAUCCUGUGAUUACUGGGGAAAAAAGGGCGCCCUGAUCCCCAAGAGUCUGUGUUUGAGACSGACUGAGGGAGCUGGGAAAGAGGCUCAGCCUGGAGYAAAGGAARCUCUGGGGGAAACCUUCUGGCUCUGCACAACUCCCUGACAGGAGGGGGCAAUUAUGGUGGGUCAGGCACUGCUGCCAGAGAACAGGGACAGGAGAGRGAACAGUCUUGAGUUGUGCCACAUUUAAAUUGGAUAUUGGGAAUAUCUUCCUCCUGGAAAGGGCUGUCCAGUUCUGGCACAGCUGCCCAGGACAGAGGUGGAAUCCCCAUCCUUGGAAGGAUUUAAAAUCUGUGUAGAUGUGGCACGUGGGGACAUGGGUUCGUGGUGGCCUGGCAAUACUGCGGGAAUGCUUGGACUUGAUCUUCGAGGGCUUUUCCAGCCCCAGUAAUCCCAUGAUUCCACGAUCCUCAGUGUAUAUGUGGGCCCUGAGCUGAGAAAUCAUCCUAGGAUCCACUGAGGGGUUUGGGCUGUCUUGGGGGUCCUGCCUGUCCUUUUCUCACACAUUUCUGGGAUCAGAAAAUGAUACCUGUGUGUAGCAUCAUCCCAAAGGAUUCCAUGGUAUUUUUCCCCCUUAAAGAAUGUAUCACCCAAAAGGAACCUGCAGCUGCUCUAAAACUGUUAUGCUUUGUCAUUUGUAUUGGCUUGAGCUUUGAAGAAUUGCUGACCUACAACAAAGAAGAAAUGAAUUAUUCAAAGAGGUGAAUCUUCCUAUUUCCUGGUGUUUGUGGAGAAGGGUCACCGGCACACAGACUUCUCCUAUGUGAUGGAUGAGGUCAUGCAUUUUCUUUCACAAAAAGAUCUUAUUUCUCUUGGGAUUCUACUGCUUGUGGGGCAAAUCUUGACCAGGUUGUUUCCCAUGAAAUCAAAUAAAUAAAUA